UAUCACGAGUCACGACUCGUCGAUCAUCAAAAACACGUACAUUUGAAUGUACGUUUCGUAUGACGUGUACACCGUAAGUAGUAGCCGUGGCUAGCCAGAAAGCCGUGGCACGACGAAUGUAUACGUAGAAAUGAGAAAGUUGCUGCCGCCGUAGUGAAGAUUGAGAACGACGCAGGCGAGCCAGCCAGGCGGACGGUCUCUGUACUACGCAAAGCUUCCGACGCAGCGACAGUAGUAGCAGUACGCCGAAAGGAGUGCACAAGGGAGCCACAGCUGCUCGUGGAUUUAAUUAACAUAGAAGAUGAAUUUCACGCCUUUUCCCGGCUUUACGACAGGCUCGCUACCGACGGGCACCGUUCAUCAAUUUGCAACCGCAAAAUUCGCGCAAAACCUACCUACUGGUGGUCAGGUGGUUGGUGUUUUAUCUGGCGGCGAAGGUGGAGUUCAUUAUCUGAGGCCGGUCGAUCCGAACGGGUUCGCAGUGGCUCAAGGGGGUAAUAAUCAACAGCAGCAAAUUAUUACGCUGCCAAUUACUGUACCUGGAAAAGAUGGUACGCAACAGCAACAAACCGUCCAGAUCCAGGUGGUUAAUCCCAGCGUUUCUCAAAGUGGAAACAGCGGUGAUCAGCCAAAGUAUCAUUUGGCUCCUAUAUCUUUGGGACAAUUUCCCCAAGGUGCCGCAACAGUUCUCACUGUUGCAUACAGUCAACAAGGUGCAGAUGGGGUACAGAUUCAAGUGCAACCACAAAAUACAGUGGCGACAACACAAACAUCUGAUCAAACAACUCAAAGUACAUCCACAGCAGUUACUACUACAUCCCAACAAACCAUUCAACAAACAGUACAACUUCCGGGAGCACCUGAAGGAUUAACUGUAGUUGCACAGAUUCCACAAGAUUUGAUUUUACGUGAAAGUAUGGAAGAAUCAAAAGAAGAUGUGAAAGAAGGUACAACACCAGUUGCUCUCAUUAAAAGAGGUAGUAUUAAAAAUCAAGGAAAUCAAAGUGGAGAAGAAUAUAUUACGUCUAUGCCUGCAAGUUGGCAAAGUCUUGCAACUCCAGGAUCAACUGUUGCUGAUUAUCUUUCUAGAUUACCUGCUAGUACUUUGCCUCUUAGUUUACAGCAUUUCUUGAAAUUUUCGGCAGAAACUAUUAAAAGAGAGGCUACUAUUGAAUCAAGUCCUUUAGGAGCUGAUGGCUUAGAUGCAUCUGGAAGUACUGCAUCUGGUGAGCAAGCAGUACAGAUUACCGUAGCAAGUGGAGAAACUGCUAUUAUUCCUGAUGUUGUUGAAGAACAGGAACCUGGUACUAAACCUAAAAGAAAAAAGAAAUACAAGAAGAAACCUCCAAAACCAAAAAAACCAAAGCCAGGUCAAGUGAGCAUAGUUACUGCUCUUGAUGGUACAACAUUAUUUUGUUGUCCUCAAUGUAACAUGGCUUAUCCUGAGAAAGAACUUUUGGAACAACAUCUUAUUGGGCAUAAAAUAGAAAGAAGGUUUAUUUGUGACAUUUGUGGUGCAGGUUUAAAACGGAAAGAACAUUUAGAACGGCAUAAAUUGGGUCACAAUCCAGAUAGACCUUUUAUUUGUUCAGUUUGUAUGAAGGGUUUCAAACGAAAGGAGCACUUGAAUCUUCAUUUUGUUAUACAUUCUGGACAAAAAACUGAAGUUUGUACUGAAUGCGGUAAAGCAUUUUAUCGUAAAGAUCACUUAAGAAAACAUGCUAGAUCUCAUUUGGCAAAACGUAUUAAAGAAGAUCCUUCAAAUAUUGCUGAUACUUCUCAAAAUUCACAACAGCAAACGGAUCAACAACAGCAACAAGCAGAACAAUUACAACAACAAGCAGAUCAAUUACAACAACAAUCAUCAGUAUCUGAAUUGCAACAAAUUCAAAUACAAGUAGGCCAAGGAUCUCAGGCACAGAUUCAUCAAAUAGCUGUUAGUGAACAGUCUACAGUUGUUCUUCCAACUGCUGCUGAAACUGGUGCAAUGGCUAUGCUUCAUCAUCAACAGCAACAGCAGCAACAGCAGCAGCAGCAACAGCAGCAGCAGCAGCAGCAACAGCAGCAACAACAACAACAGCAGCAGCAGCAGCAGCAACAGCAGCAACAACAACAACAGCAGCAGCAGCAGCAGCAACAGCAGCAUUAGCAACAGCAUACCGCCCCGAAUCAACCUGGGCGGUUCUUUCGAUUCAAUCAUCAGCAAGCCAGAGGUCGUGCAAGACGGUUUGCAAUGAAUUUCCCGCCGUUCGGAAGCCAUUUUCCCGGUACUAUUCCGAGUAUUCACCAGUUCGCAACCGACGGCUCCGGCGGUGCAGGCGGACGUUACGCCAAUCAUUUUCCCAACCAGCCUCCAAUUGGAGUGCCGGUUAUGGGAAAGUACCGUCCUGAAAGCAACGGCGUUCAAUCUGCUCAGUCACAAGUAAUGAUGAACAAUAAAGCAAAUUAUCCCAACAGCAAUGUUCAUCAUUAUCCAAAUGUACCAUAUUCUCAAGCUCAACCAGUUCAACAGCGGCCCUCUAAUUCGCCUGGAAUGCCAGAGAAACGGUCGUAUCAUCAACAAGCAACAGAAACAAUAAAUCAACAAGAUGUUUGCAAUCUCCUACAGGAUAAAGAUAAAACUAAGGAGAAGAAAGCAGACGAGCAACAGCGCAAUGGAGAAACAACAACAAAUGGUAGUCAACAAGAUUAUACAAUGCAUCAACAUCAUCAACAGCAUGCUCAUACUCAAACUCCUGCAACUAUGCCUGCUACAUGGCAAUCUUUGGCUACUCCUGGAUCUACAGUGGCAGAUUACCUCAGUCAUUUACCAGCUAGUACUUUACCAUUAAGUUUACAUCAUUUUUUAAAAUAUUCUGCUGAGAGUAUUAAGAAAGAAUCAGAAAUGGCACAAACUACUUCAGUAGCUGUAGCAACUACGACAACACCUAAUAUAAUGAUGUCUCCAAAUAAUAAAAAGAAAAAAAAGAAGAAGGCUCCUAAAGAAAAAAAGCCACGACCAAAACCUGGAGAAAUUCGUUUAACUACAGCUCUAGAUGGUUCUACAUUAUAUUGCUGCCCAGAGUGUCAUAUGGCAUAUCCAGAACGUGAAUUAUUGGAACAACAUCUUUUAGGACAUACUUUAGAACGAAGAUUCGUUUGCGAUAUUUGUGGUGCAGGUCUCAAAAGAAAGGAUCAUCUUACACGUCACAAACAGAGUCAUAAUCCUGAACGUCCAUACGUUUGUACUGUUUGUUUAAAAGCUUUUAAAAGAAAAGAACAAUUAACAUUACAUUUUGUUAUACAUUCGGGUGAAAAACGACAUGUAUGUACAGAAUGUGGCAAAGGCUUUUAUCGUAAAGAUCAUUUAAGAAAACAUACCAGAAGCCAUAUUGCAAGAAGGGUAAAAGCUGAACUCAGUCAAAAUGCUGGUACACAGCAAAAUCAACAACAAAAUAAUGUUUCAAAUAUGCAAACCACAGCUGUUACAGCAUCAUCUGUUCUUUCUGGUGGACAUCCAGGACCUCUCCUAUCCUGAGCCCCGCCACCAGGGAACUUCCAAGUUCCCCAUCCAAAUAAUAUUCUUCAUUCACAUACUUCUCAUCAUUCAUUGCAUCAUCAUCAUUUGACAGCCGUUAAUGCGGCGCAUCAAUCAAGUGUCACGCCACUUGCUACAUCCAGCCACUAUCAAACGCAUGAUCUUAGCUUUUUGGGACAUGUUAAAGAUUUCUGAGAGCAGGGGAAGACCUCAAUUAAGAGGUAACAAAACUGACAAAUUAUGUGGAGCACUCUUUGACAAGAGGAGUUGAUUCAAUCGCUUUUUUUAAUUUCGAUUUUAGUAAAUUUUCUACGAUAACAAACAACUAUUCGUGAUUCUGCUAACUCUCUAUGUCCUAGUACAAUAGUGCAAAAACUGUGACAAUUAUGUAAAUUUUUCAAUAAAAUGCACAGUUUUUAUUACCUGUACAUCAGGUUUUUGAAAUGUAAAUCUUAUCUUUAAAAAGUGUGCCAUAUAUGUAUGUACAUGAUUAAAAAGAAAAAGAAAAAAAUAGAGAGAGACAUAGAGAGUGUUUUCGUGCACACAGAAAAGGAAAUAUAUAUAAUUUUCUCUAGAAGCGUUAGAUUAGAUCUUGAUAUAAGAAUCUUGCCAUACUACUAUAUGUAUGAAAAACAAAACAUAUUUUUAUGAAAGCUUGAUGCAAACAAAAAAUUAUAAUAUUAUCAAGCAAAACUUAU